AUGGAUCUGGCCAAUCUGUACACGGCAUUGGGUGUAUCGGUCUCUGCAGGGGAAGCUGACAUCCGUUCUGCCUAUCGCCGGAGGGCGCUUGCAACGCAUCCAGACAAAGGAGGCAGUGCAGAAGCUUUUAGGCUAGUUGUCAAGGCCUUCGAGACCCUGGCCGACCCCCGGCGGCGAGCGCGCAAACUCGGCACCAGAGAGCAAGACGGAAUCGCGCGAGCGAGCGCCCCAGCCCAAGAAGAGAUGCCGGCAAGAGGGGCCGAGGGUGACCGGAGCACUGGAUCACCGGCCCAGGAGGACAUUCCCAAACUGGCAAAGGAGCUCUUGCGCCUUUCUCUGACAUUCAUUCGCGCCCGCUUGAAAAAGUUGGUGCUGGAAGUGCUUCGUGAACUGCUGACGUUUCUUGAGACAGCCGGUGUCCAAGCGGCAUCGGAGUUCGGUGAGGACGAAGACGAAAACUCCGCAUCAGCUUCCGAGGAUGACCCAGAAGAUGUCCUCCCUCUUUGUGACGAUGAAUGCCCAGAUCUUGUCUGUGAAGAUGAGCUUGAGAGCGAAACUAAGCUUCAACCCGACUGCAGGGGUCCUGGUCGAAGUGGUCUCAGGGGUGUAACUUUGCAUCACUUUCGUGGGAAAAAAUCAUAUCGAGCGAAAGUGGGCUUCAAGGGCAUAAUUGCACAGUCACAGUACUGCAGUAAUUUGGACACGGUUAUUGACUUUCACAUGAGUCUGGUACAGAUGCGUCAUCGCUUUUUGAAGGAGUGUGAGGCUGGCAAACCUUUCGACCAAGCACUCGACAUUGCAACUGAACAGCUGCACAGGGAAAAGGAAGGAGCCGAUGCACCAAAGAUGAGGCUCUCGUUCCUGUGCGCGCGUGUGACAGGCGGUAGAAAAGUAAAUCUGGAUGGGAUGAAGUUGGUGUGGCAAGCUUACCAAGAGGCUCUGGCUAUGGGACGCGAAGAGAAGCUGCUUCGCCUGCACCAACGCGCGCAGGAAAGGGCAGACAGGAAGCAGGAACGAAGAGAAUCAAAGCACACCGCCAAAGUCCAGGCCUUGCACACAGCUCUGCAAGCUGAGCUUCAGAUGCGCGCACAGCGCCUUCUCGAGAAGCAGACGCAGCAAGCUUUCGGCGUGAAGACACUGCCCCAGAGCAUAGUCCUCACCAGCUUGCCGGGAGUCCCACAGCUCAACACGUGCAUGUGUGCACAGCUUCAGCUGAAGGAUGGUUCUCUUUGUCAGGGCCCUCUCCGUGCGAGCCUCGUCCUGGCGAAGCGAGACGUCAAAGAACUUUCGGCCAUCCGAGAAGCAAAGGGCGACGAUGCCGUCAAGGAGGAAGCGUCCAGGAGAGAUGCGGACGUCAUGACUUCUUUCUUCAUGACCGGCCGGCUGGCCCAGAUCAUGAGCGUGGACUUGGGGCACGAAUUCUUCAAGGCGCUCUUUUUGGCUCUUUCUUGGGCGGUGAUGGUUCCCCUGGAGAUCGUGCUGAACUCCCACUCCAAGCGGAAGACGUCCACGGCGGUGUCAUACUUUGAGGCAAGCAGAGUCUUCGGAGACGACGCCCUGGCACACGUUGGCAAGGCCCCGACGAAGGUGCCGCUCUUCUUUCACAAUACCCUGGGUCAGAACUUCACUUCCGAGGCCGACGUGCAGACGGGCGGUGCUUGGUGGAAGGAGUUCGGACUCAGCGAGCUCUUCUACAAGUACGAUCUUGGCUAUGAUGAAGAGCGCGGUGUGCCAACCUUCAAGCUCGGAGACAUGGUAGCGGAGGGCGAGGAGGUGCUGGCCAGCAUCUUCGCUUUUGCCAAGAAGAUGUCAGAGGACUCUGCUGAUGGCAAGUCCGUCAGGGAUCUCGUCGUCACCGUUCCGAAUGAUGCCUCGCUUCGGCAGCGCCAGGCGAUCGUCUCCGCCGGCGAGAUCGCAGGGUGCCGGGUACUGACCCUCGUCCACGAGACUUCUGCAUUCGCUGUCCAGCGAGCGGUAGAUGUGACGCCGGAGAAGGGGGCCAGUGAGGUCCACCUCUUCUACAACUUGGGCUCGAGGAAAGCAGAGGCGACGUUGGUCCGCUUCGAGAGCCGCAGCGCCGGGAUGGUAGCCGGAAAGAUGGCUCCGGUGCUCACUGUCCUCGGCUCUUCCAUUGACCACGGCAUUGGCGGGCAUUUGUUCGACCUGAAAGUCGCCGACGCGAUGUUGAAGAAGUUCCAGGAGAAGUUUCCGAAGCUGGCAGAUGGCGUUGUGAAGAACCCGAGGGCCUUGAGGAAGCUCUUGUCCCAGGCUCAGAAGACGAAGACCACACUGAGCGCCAACAAGGCGGCUCCCUUCACCGUGGAGUCGCUCUUUGAGGAUACUGACUUCCAGGCAAUGUUGAAGCGCGAAGACUUCGAAGCUAUGUGCAAGGACAUGUUUGAGAGGUUGACACAACCCAUCGAGAAGGCGUUGGCUGAGGCGAACCUUACGGUGGCCGACAUCAACUUCGUGGAGGUUGUCGGCGGUGCCUGGCGAAUUCCGAUGAUUCAGCCGCGACCCAAGUAA